AUGACGGUAACACAAGAAAUAUGCAGUCUUAGGCACCAGGCAUACGAGAUCAAGCGCUGCAUCGAAAGACAUGAGAAAGAACCCGCGUUUGGCUACGACUACGUACACCACCAGCGUACCUGGUCAUCACCACAGGAUCACAAGAAUCAGUUAAUUAUCCUCGAGAGGGAGAGUCUCGACCACAAUACCAUUUUGAGUACAUUUAUGCUUGCCUGA